AUGGAGAACGUCUCUUUACACACACAUUUCGUCCUUGAUGGCUUCAAUGAACUCGGAGUUCUGAGGCCCGUCCUCUUCAUCCCGUUCUUCAUCAUGUUUGUUGUGGCGCUGUCGGCCAACUCCAUGCUGCUGUACGUCGUCAUUUCACAGAGAAGCCUCCACUCGCCCAUGUACAUCCUCAUGGCCAGCAUGGCAUGUGUGGACCUGAGCGUCCCGUUGUUCUUCGUCCCCAACAUGCUGCUGAGCUUCUUGUUUGACUGGAAGGGAAUCUCUCUGACCGGCUGCCUGGUUCAGAUGCACUUCAUUCACUUUGUUGGAACUUUUCACUCAACUCUAUUGGUGUGGAUGGCACUGGACCGCUACUUUGCCAUCUGUACGCCUCUCUACUAUCAUGAGCGCAUGGUGUUACCACGAUUCCUCAAGUUUAUCAUCCCGCUUGUGGUCAGAAAUGUCCUCUUGAUCACACCAUUUGUGGGUCUGGCAGGAUCAUUAUCAUUCUGUGCGUCAAAUGUGAUGAACCACUGUUUCUGUGAGCACAUGGCCUUAGUGGAGCUGGCCUGUGGAAGCACUGCAAUGAACAGCCUGGUGGGGCUCUUGGGCGUGUUUCUCAUCCCUGUGGCAGACUUCGUCUUUAUUUCUUCUUCCUAUGUGGUCAUAUUUACCUCCGUGCUGAGGUCUGGCAGGUCUGGGGUCAAAGCACUCCACACCUGUGUCACACACAUUGUGGUAAUGACUGUCAGCCUGAUCUUUGCACUUGUUGCUUUACUGUCUUAUCGGAUCCGAAACGGUCUUCCUGCCGCCAUUCGGGUUUUUUUCAGCACCAUGUACCUGUUGUUCCCAAGCUGUUUCAACCCGAUCAUCUACGGCAUGAGAACCACCGAGAUUCGACAGCACAUUGUAAAGACCUUGACAUGCAACUUUGUCCGAACUGUUCCCCAUUCUUAA